UCUUGUCUAGGGAGACUCUGGUGUGGCGUUGCCUAAGGUCGGUGACCCGUGACUGCUACAAUCACGUCGCGUACUUUAUAAAAUGAUGCAUAAAGUUCUGAUAUGGAAGUGUUACUUAUUGUCACAAAACGAAAUCUCUGAGUUGAUAUGUUAACUUAUCUAGUCGUCACUAUCUAUUCUGAGAUAUUAGAAUUUUUACCCAACAAAAUGUUAAAACGAUAGGAAGGCCUCGAUAGGCAACGAUAAAUGCGGUUGUUGGUUGGAAAAGGAGGAAUUUUUGACAGUAACAGUUUCGGUGGAGUUUUAGUAACAUCCGCGUAACGGUUUUUUUUCAAAAACGAAAUCUAAAUUAGGAUAUGUACAUCCAGUGUCGGCAGUUGAUUAUGAAAGAAAGUGAAAGAUUAUUGAAGUGUUCAAGAAAGUUUAAACCUCCCUAUAUUGGCUUUCAGGCAGUGAAUAGUGAAUUCCCACAUCGUUUCCAUCCAAUAUGGCGGAAUCGAAAGAAGACCAUGCCAAAAUUCGGCAGCUCGAGUUUUUUUCUUGAAAUAUUUACGUGGUGUGUUUCUAGUCGUGCCGUUGUCUAGAUAAUAUCAAGGCAUUGAAUUUUAUUUCAAUUCAAGCACCCAAAUUGAGGUGACGACAAGUGUCUAGAUUGAUGUCGUGAUGUGGUGAAUUAUUCCCCCAACGCCAAUGACGAACUCCGAAUGCAAGGUUAAAAAUCCGUUUAUAUAAUGUGUGCUAUGAGUAUAUGAUCUCGAAAAUCAUUGGCUAACUGGGGCGAGAAAUUCUAAGCAAAACCUGGGAAAUAUGUCGCCGUGGAACAAUCAAACUCUGGCUACCUUAUAAUUCUUUGGAAUUAACUGCGGAUUGAGUGAUUUAUUGGCUGAAGAUCAACGUCCCUGAUAAGACAUGAGGCGCGUUAUCAGCAGUUUUUCUGGCUAAAUGGAAAGUCAACAGUCGCAGUCACAGGCGCAACCACAGCAACAAUCAGCCACACCAACAACAACCACCGCGGCGAUAGCGAACGAGAAGUGUGAACUGAAAAGUGAGCAAUUAUCACCUGAGGAGAACCUCCAGGCCAGUCCGGCACCGGCCAUCAAUCAUCAUUCAGCCGCCACAAGAAGAAUACUGACCACGGCGGGUACUUUGAGGGAUAUAAGUGAGCAGCAGGAGAUCGACGAAGAAUAUCAGCAAACAGAGUUCGUGCAAAUGGCUCCCAGGAAUGAAGAAGGACAUCAAACCUACACUACGUACGAAACCCUACCUCAGGGUGCUGUCAUCGUCUGCGAGGAAAAAAUCAAGACGGAAGAUGAUGAAAAAAUUGGAGAACAGUCCGGAAGUACUGCAACUGUCUAUCAAGAAGUUUCCACGCAAGGAUCAGCUAUUGAAGGACAGGAGCAGCAAACCACCACCUUACAGUAUGCCGUGGAUGCUUCCCAACACCAGCCUGUUCGAUUUCGGUACGAGAAUGCACCUCCACAGCAAAUUGUCUUUUACGAAAACGAAGUACGAAAUGACGCAGGUCCUGUAACGUCAAUAAGUGCGGCUGAAACUAGUCAACCUGAACCGAAAACUUUCACGAACCUGGGCACUGUUCAAACGUUGCAGCCUACAGACCAUAUUCAGGCUAUCGAUGGAUAUUCCAAUCACUCGAAUUACUCUUUGGCUCCUAGUCAAUUGUACAACAAUACAAAUGUGUUACUGUGCAAAAGUGACCCAACUUUGACGUCAGCUGUGCGUUCAAACGCUCACUUUGGAGGAACUGUAUAUGAUGUUGGCGGAGAGAGUUAUUGGUCUAAUGGGAAUAUGGAGUAUUCGACAACGAGUUACACUCAUGCUAUUUCCGAUGAAUAUUCACCAAACACUACACAAUGGACCACCUAUGAGCCUCUCUCUGGAACUCCAAGUACUGAGUACCGAUGUUCACAAUGCACGUCAGUUUUGAUGCGUCGUGAAAAUGGCGAAAUAUUCUGCCCUAGCUGCACAUCAGCUCUAAGGUUUCAAUCACACGGUCCUCGUGUAGUGUCACGACAGCAAAAGUCAAAAGCUUCGGCUUCGUCUACCAGUCGUAGGAAUGGGAUCACAUGUGCCAACUGCAAAACCUCAUCGACUACCCUGUGGCGUCGGAAUAACGAAGGUCAACCAGUGUGCAACGCCUGUGGAUUGUACUUUAAACUUCAUAAUACGAAUCGACCAAUGAGCAUGAAAAAGGAGGGAAUACAGAAACGAAAGCGGAAACCAAAGAAUAAUGGCAGCAGCGGUAUCAAGCCAACUAUUUCGGGAUAUCCACCCAAACUGCUGCCACCCAUCUACCCGUCACACUUACCAGCGCAUACCGGCAUUGUCCUAGCCAGUGGUCAUGACAUGCAUGACAUGGGAGUACAUGGUGGAAAUCACGUCGAUAUGGGCCAACCCCAUCCUGACAGCCAUGCAAUAAUCCUAACACGACAUCCCACUGGUGUGGUAACAAGUGAAAGCGCUUCCCAUCAGCAGGCUCAGCAGCAACAUACCCAUUCCAACCCUCAACAGAGUGAGUCCCCUCACUUGCCAACAUCGAACGUAUUGAGCCGGCACAUCACACAAUCGGUACCUCCAAUCGACGCUGGCCGAGGUCAAAAUGGCGAAAUAACAAGCGUUAUUACAAGUACAGGAAUUACUGAACGAUCAUCUAACUCUUAACGAAUUGAGUACAAAUUUUACCAUUACGUUGGAGAGAUGCCGAAGAGAAUGGUGCCAAAGUGAGAUGUAAAAUAGUUUUAGUUCAAUACGUCUGUAAAUAAGCUGUUUAUCCUUUAAGGUUUACUAUGAAAAACAAUGCAAUAAAAUUUAGCUAAUAAAAUUGGAAUUCCU